AUGCCCGACGGCUCAGGGCCCCCUGACUCCGUGCUCAAAGCGGGCGGUACAUUCGACACGCUCGCUCGCGAACGUCGCUUCAAGAACCCUCCGAAGGACAGUGCUGCUGUACCUAUCCUCAAUGAAUUCGUCACUCCCCAUCUUGAAUCUUUCAAUGCUCUUUUUGAUGACUCUGGACUUCCGCCCGGUGAUAGUGACGGCCGUGGACUACUCUCCUUGAGCAUCAAGGACAUUGGCGAGCGCGUGGUCUUCGACGGAAAGGGAGAAAUUGGGUCAGAGAGUGGUCCGUCUGGCUGGGGUAACCGUCUCAGCAUAUGGUACGAGGCCGUAACGGUGGGCCGCCCUCAGGUACCGGAGAAGGACCAGCAAGUCAGGGACAACAAAGUGUAUCCGUCCGAGGCACGAGAGCGUCUCACUUCCUACCGCGGACGCAUGAUGGUCAAGCUAUGCUGGAAGGUCAACGAUGGGCCUUUGGAGGUUGAGACCAAGGACUGUGGGUUGCUGCCCGUCAUGGUCCGAUCCGUGCGCUGCAACCUCCGAGGUAUGUCCUCCGCGGACCUCGUGAAGAAACACGAGGAACCUGAAGAGUUCGGCGGUUACUUCAUUGUCAACGGCAACGAACGUCUCAUCCGCUACCUUAUUCUUCCUCGGCGACACAAUGUCAUCGCACUCUCGCGUCCCUCUUUCGUCAACCGUGGACCGUCCUAUACACCAUAUGCUGUCCAGAUCCGCUGCGUACGCCCAGACCAGACGAGCGUCACGAAUAACCUUCACUACCUCUCCAACGGCAGUGCAAUGCUCCGUUUCUCAUGGCGGAAACAGGAAUAUGUCGUACCGAUCAUGCUCAUCCUCAAGGCACUCGUCUCCGCAAGCGACAAGGAGAUCUUCGAGGGCGUCAUGAUGCAGGACUACGGGGAUACGUUCCUGGCGGACCGAGUAGAGCUCUUGCUGCGUAGCUUCAAGAUGUACAGCUUGAGGACUGGCGACCAAUGUCUUGAGUACCUUGGCAACAAGUUCCGCGUCGUGCUUAACAUGCCGGAAGACUGGACGAACAAGGCAGUCGGUGUCUGGCUCAUCAGCAAGGUCGUCCUAGUACAUUUGGACACUCCUCGCGAGAAGUUCCGUAUGCUGCUAUUUAUGUUACGGAAGCUGUACGCCGUGGUGUCGAAGUCGUGCUGCAUCGAUAACCCAGAUUCUCCUCAGCACCAAGAAGUCCUUCUCCCCGGUACACUGUAUGGGAUGAUCAUCAAGGAGCGCCUGGAAGAGGCAUUGAACAACUUCGCUAUGUCAGUACGGCAAGAUGUCAACCGGUCAGAAGCAUCUGUAGACUUUUUUGAUAAACGCUACAUCAAGAAAGUCCUCGCCCGCACCAACCUUGACAUUGGCGCCAGAAUGUCAAAUUUCCUUGCGACUGGCAAUCUCGUAUCACCUACUGGUCUUGACUUGCAACAGGCCUCCGGUUUCACUAUUGUCGCCGAAAAGCUGAACUGGCAACGAUACAUUAGUCACUUCAGGUCAAUCCAUCGUGGCGCCUUCUUUGCCGAGCUGAAAACGACGACUGUCCGAAAGUUGUUACCAGAAGCUUGGGGAUUCCUUUGUCCCGUCCAUACUCCCGAUGGAUCUCCCUGUGGACUCCUCAACCAUCUCUCCCGCACUUGCCGCAUUGUCACCGCUCCCCUCGCUGUCAACCACAUCCCUGCCCUGCUCGCUUCACGCGGCAUGACCCAAGCUUUCACAACCUCCGUCGACGGCCGGCGCAACCUUUGCGUCCAGCUCGAUGGGCGGGUGAUCGGCUGGGCGUCUCAGAAAGUCCUAGAGAACCUCGCGAAGGACCUCCGGAUAUGGAAGACGGAGGGCAAGCACAACGUCCCGCUGGAUCUCGAGAUUGGGUUGGUGCCCGUGUCGCAGGGUGGGCAGUACCCUGGUCUUUAUCUGUUCUCGUCGAGAGCGCGGAUGAUGCGCCCUGUGAAGUACGUUGCGAACGGGAGAGACGACCAGGUUGGCUCGUUUGAGCAGGUGUACAUGGAUAUCGCAUGUACGCCCGAAGAGAUCGAGAAGGGUGUAUCGACGCAUGUCGAGCAUGCCCCAACGAACUUCCUGUCAAUACUGGCGAACCUUACCCCAUUCUCUGACUUCAACCAGAGUCCAAGAAACAUUUAUCAAUGUCAGAUGGGUAAACAGACCAUGGGUACACCAGCCACCGCCCUGCGCCACCGGACAGACAACAAGCUCUACCGUCUACAAAGUGGUCAGAGCCCCGUCGUCCGACCACGAUUGCACAACACCUAUGGUAUGGAUUCGUUCCCGAACGGCACCAACGCCGUUGUGGCUGUCAUCUCCUACACUGGUUACGAUAUGGAGGACGCUAUGAUCCUGAACAAGUCAGCGCACGAGCGAGGGUUUGCUUACGGUACGGUGUACAAGUCGUACACCGUAGACCUGAAGGAAGUGCCAGGAGCCUCUUCACGCAACUCAGCUGCAACCACGUUACACUUCGGGCUGGGGUAUGAGAUUAGGACUGUGGGCGAGAAGUCGCAUCCUGUUGCCGAGUUCUUGGACGAUGACGGCCUCCCGUUUGUCGGCGUCAGGCUAUCCCCUGGCGAUCCCAUUGCCGCCUACAUAGACGACACGACGGGACGGACGAAGUUCGUGAAGUACAAGGGCGAUGAAAUCGCAUAUGUCGAUUCGGUUCGUCUCCUAGGCUCUGAUGCUGGUGAUUCAGAACUUCAGAAGGUCAACAUGACGUUGCGCAUCACGCGUGCUCCGGUCAUUGGUGACAAGUUCUCGUCUCGACACGGUCAGAAGGGUGUCUGCUCACAGAAGUGGCCGGCCGUCGAUAUGCCCUUCACGGAGAGUGGGAUGCAGCCCGACGUCAUUAUCAACCCCCAUGCCUUCCCCAGUCGUAUGACGAUUGGCAUGUUAGUCGAGAGUAUGGCGGGCAAGGCUGGUGCUAUGCAUGGCCUUGCCCAAGAUGCAACCCCCUUCCAGUUCACCGAGGAUGACACUGCUGUAGAAUACUUCGGAGAACAGCUCCUCGCCGCCGGGUACAACUAUCACGGCAACGAGCCAAUGUACUCCGGUAUCACUGGGCAAGAAUUCGCCGCCGACAUCUACAUCGGGGUCGUGUACUACCAGCGCUUGCGGCACAUGGUGCUUGACAAAUUCCAGGUGCGAACGACAGGGCCCGUCGAUCCCCUCACGCGGCAACCGGUCAAGGGCCGUAAGCGUGCAGGCGGUAUUCGGUUCGGCGAGAUGGAACGUGAUGCUCUGAUCGCGCACGGCACCUCGUUCCUGCUGCAGGACAGGCUCAUGAACUGCUCUGACUACUCGACGGCAUGGGUUUGCAGGACAUGCGGUAGUCUGAUCUCACUCGGGUACGAGGACGUCAGCUUGGGUGAGAUAGUCGUAGGAUCAUUGGACAAACUGAAGCCUACCGGACCAGGGGGAGAGUACUGCAGAGUAUGUCGGGCCGCUGCGGAGGAAGAGGACGCGCGAGCGAGACAAGCCCUAGCAAAUGGCCAGAACGGACGGAUAUCUGUGCAGGGAGACCUCAGGGUCGCCAUCUCCUCACAGCACGUCCUGGGACCUGCCUCGAAAGGUGGAGACUUGGACAUCGUCGCCGUCCCAUAUGUCUUCAGGUAUCUGUGUGCAGAGCUAGCAUCCAUGGGUAUCGCGAUUUCUCUCGAGGUUCACUGA